UGAACGACAAAACAUGUAUGGUGUCGUUCACUUCACAACAGGCUCUCUAAACAUGCCGAUCGACAAAUCCGACCCGAACCCGAACCAAUCUAAAGCGAGCAAAUUUCGAUGGGGGGAGCUAGAGGAAGACGACAAUCUUGACUUUUUGUUACCGCCCAAGGAAGUGAUCGGACCUGAUGAAAAUGGGAUCAAGAAAGUGAUCGAAUACAAGUUCAACGACGAAGGCAAUAAGGUGAAAAUAACGACGACGACCCGAGUCCGAAAGCUAGCCAAGGCCCGAUUGAAUAAACGGGCUGUGGAGAGAAGGAAUUGGGAGAAAUUCGGUGAUGCCGUGCAUGAAGAUGUGGGGAGUCGCCUCACCAUGGUUUCCACUGAAGAAAUCAUUCUCGAACGACCUAGAGCCCCUGGUAUGAAAGCCGAAGAAAUAAAGGUACCAGGGGACAGCUUGGCUCAGCUAAGCAAAGGAGGUGCUGUUCUCAUGGUGUGCCGCACAUGCGGUAAGAAAGGUGAUCACUGGACUUCCAAAUGUCCAUACAAGGAUCUCGCUGCUCCGGUUGAAACCUUUGUCGAUAAACCUGUGGCAUCUGAGGCCUCUGUGGCUGCUUCUGGAUCUGGAAAGGGAGCUUAUGUUCCACCAAGCAUGAGAGCAGGUGCCGAGAGAACUGCUGGAUCAGAUAUGAGACGUAGGAAUGAUGAAAACUCAGUGAGGGUAACAAACUUAUCUGAGGAUACCCGGGAGCCCGACUUGCUUGAGCUAUUCCGUCCAUUUGGUGCCGUGACUCGCGUGUAUGUUGCUAUGGAUCAGAAGACGGGCACAAGUCGAGGCUUCGGUUUUGUUAACUUUGUAAAUCGAGAGGAUGCGCAAAGAGCUAUUAACAAGCUCAAUGGCUACGGUUACGACAAUCUCAUCCUUCGAGUCGAAUGGGCCACACCAAGAGCAAACUAGAACUCAUUCAGUUGCAAUUCACUCUGUAAGUGCAGAUUUUAACCCUUUUUUCUUUAAAUUAUUUUCCCCGGUUAUUUAUGUAAGUUGAUUUCAUGGUUGGCAUUUGUGUCAAUGUUAUCAUUUUUUUGACUCAAGUGGAAACAGGAGAAAGAAAGUGUUCUUUUGUUUUUCUCAAAUAAUAAAAGAUUAACAAAAUUUUCAAUGUUA